UAAAUUUUGUGAAGAGAGAAAAAGAAACACAAUAGAGAAAAUGGGAGUUCUCGAGCAUGUUGCUAAUCUUGCUUCUAUGCCCUUUGAUUCUCCCAGGAAAAGGAAGUCUCGUGGAACACGAGAUGUAGCUGAGAUUCUAAGACAAUGGAGAGAGUAUAAUGAGCAGACCGAGGCAGAUUCUUGCAUCGAUGGUGGUGAACCAGUCCGAAAGCCUCCUCCAAAAGGUUCAAGGAAGGGUUGUAUGAAAGGUAAAGGAGGACCUGAAAAUGGGAUUUGUGACUAUAGAGGAGUUAGACAGAGGACAUGGGGUAAAUGGGUCGCUGAGAUCCGUGAGCCAGGCCGAGGUGCUAGGUUAUGGCUCGGUACUUUCUCUAGUUCAUAUGAAGCUGCAUUGGCUUAUGACGAGGCUGCCAAAGCUAUAUAUGGUCAGUCUGCCAGACUCAAUCUUCCCGAGAUCACGAAUCGCUCUUCUUCGACUGCUGCAACUGUGUCUGGCUCGGUUACUGCAUUUUCAGAUGAAUCUGAAGUCUGUGCACGUGAGGAUACAAAUGUAAGAUCUGGUUUUGGGCAGGUGAAACUAGAGGAUUGUAGCGAUGAAUAUGUUCUCUUAAAUAGUUCUCAGUGUAUUAAAGAGGAGCUGAAAGUAAAAGAGGAAGUGAUGGAAGAACAUAACUCGGCUGUUGGCUUUGGAAUUGGACAGGACCCGAAAAGGGAGACUUUGGAUGCUUGGUUAAUGGGAAAUGGCAAUGAACAAGAACCAUUGGAGUUUGGUGUGGACGAAACGUUUGAUAUUAAUGAGCUCUUGGGUAUAUUAGACGACAACAAUGUGUCUGGUCAAGAGACAAUGCAGAAUCAAGUUGAUAGACAGCCAAACUUCAGUUACCAAACGCAGUUUCAAGAUGCUAACUUGCUUGGGAGCCUCGACCCUAUGGAGAUUGCUCAUCCUGGAGUUGAUUAUGGAUAUCCUUAUGUGCAGCCGAGUGAAAUGGAGAACAAUGGUAUUGAUUUAGACCAUCGCAGGUUCAAUGAUCUUGACAUACAGGACUUGGAUUUUGGAGGGGAAAAAGAUGUUCAUAGCGCUACAUAAGAUCUCAGAUUCAUAUUGAAUGGCCUAAGUUUGUUAUUCUGCUCCGAUACUGUCUAGCUGUUACUAGCUAGAAGCUGACUUUCUUUGAAGCUGCUGAUACUUUCUGAUGUUAAUGGUUUUGAGGCAUAGUAAAUGUAGUUAGGUAAUGUAGGACAAGUUCGAAUAUGAUCCUUUCUUUCUUCUUCUUGUGAAUACAUAUGAAGUUUAAAA